UAUAUGUAUACUUGGCUGAAUUAAACAGCUGUUUCUCUAUGAAAAGGAAAUAACCUAUAAAAAUAACCAAACUAAUAAUUGUAUAUAAUUAUGAUGAGUGAUUAAGAAGGAAAAUAAUUCUGAGUGAAUUUUAAGAAGGAAAAUAAUUCUCACGUGUAAAAAAUAAUUCCCUUGACAUGUCAAAAUCGCGACGCAACGAUUCCAAUGUCACAUGUGGUCGCAUCAUUUCGCCGGCGCGUUUUGAAACAUGGCCGAGGGAUCGUCGAAGAGUGAUAAUCAUGAAACGGGAAGACCGCGAUUCGGAACGCGAAACUUGCCCCUCGACGGGGACGUCUUCCAACAUAAUGCAUGGGAUAAUGUUACAUGGGAUGAGGAACAGGAAAAGUUGGCACAACAGAAAGUGGAUGAGAAUUCCAUUGUUACAAUAUCAUAUGAAGAAUUCCUGAAAUAUGAAACUGAAGCGGACAAAUAUUGGGACAAAUUUUAUGGCAUACACAACAAUAGAUUUUUUAAAGACAGACAUUGGUUACUGAUUGAGUUUCCUGAAUUAGCACCUAAUACUGUAAAAGAGGACACAGAAAGACCUAUGAGGGCUGCACUUACUGACGAAGAUAAAAGUCACGGAGAUAAGCAUAUCAAAAUCCUAAAUUUGCCAUGUAAAGAUAAUUGUAGAAUAUUCGAAAUAGGCUGUGGUGUAGGACUAUUUGUGUAUUGCUGUGAUUUUUCCGAGAAAGCAAUUGAUAUACUACAACAAAAUCCUGCUUAUGAUGUAGAUAGGUGUAAAGCAUUCGUCCUUGAUGUGACUCAAGAAACAUGGGCAACUCCUUUUGAGCCUCAAAGUCUAGACAUUGUUAUCCUUAUAUUUGUAUUGUCUGCCAUCCAUCCUGAUAAAAUGCAACAUGUUGUGCAGCAAAUACACAGGUAUCUAAAGCCAGGUGGAAUAGUUUUGUUUCGCGAUUAUGGCAGAUAUGAUUUGGCGCAAUUGAGAUUUAAGAAGGGUAAUUGUCUCAGCAAAAACUUUUAUGUGCGUGGAGAUGGCACCAAAGUAUACUUUUUCCUACAUGAGGAAAUUAGAAAGUUAUUUACCAGUAAUGGCUUCAUCGAAGAACAAAACUUUGUGGACAGAAGGCUGCAAGUUAAUAGAGGUAAACAAUUGCGAAUGUACAGAGUAUGGGUGCAGGCGAAAUAUCGAAAGGCACCGUUGUAGAAAUUGUAAUUUAUCAAAAUUCUCACGAAUAACGAAGAUUUACGAUAGAAAUCUGAAAACACAAUGUAAUUGAGUAAAAAUAUAUUUUUAUAUCAU